UUCAGGAUGCGCCCUUCCCUCCUCCCGUUUCUGACCUCGGUGCGUGUAUCUGUGCCUCCCCCCGCAGAUCCCAGGCCCGCGCUCUGAGCGCAGCAUGCCCACCCCGCUGCUCGCCCUCUUGCUUCUGCGCACCCUGCUGACCCGCCUGUUGCUGCUGGCUCGCAAGCGCCUCCUGCCGCUGCUCCGGCGCCUGACGGCCCGCCUGACUUCUCAGCAGUCCCGCGAGGCCAUCCUCACCUGCCUGCUCUGCCUCCUCAACCUGCGCAAGAAGGUGGACGACGACUGAGGCGAACUCCUGGGGGAAGGGGGCGGGCGGCACCCUCUCCCCAAAUUUCGGAGCUCGGGGGUGGCAAUACCAGCGCCCACUUGUCACAGGUCCAGUGCAGAGCCUUUGGGAAGGGAACCUCGUUCGGCGGGAGAAAAGAUUAUUCUCCAGCCACCCGUUUUCCCCAGCAGAAGCGACGUUUAGCUUCUCGUGGGAAAGAGGGCGCUCUUCCAGCCAAAAAGAGAAGGAGUAUUUACCAACUGUACGCCUCUCAAGGGGAAGAUUACAUUUUUGAUCUCAUUUCUUAAGAUCCACCCCCAAACCAUUCCUCCCAACUUCCAGGCUCUCUGCAUAAUUUUUCUUCUCUUUGCUCAGUAAGCCAAGACCAAGCUCCCUCCCUCAAUUUCUGCUCUCUCCGCCUUUGUUUUCCGGCGAAACUGAUGGAUGGUUAGCUUCCUCACAGAGCUACCACUGCCCAGAGACCUGGCUUGGUGGCAGCUGUGUAACUUCUACUAAAAGCCAAAGAAGGUUUGGAAGUCCUCUUUGAACAUUUCAGGAGAAGCUUCACUUGUGAGAGUGCUCCCAGAUGUGUCCGCCUGAGGAGAGGAAGGGCAGAACGGAUCCAAUGGGACAUAUUCUCCACCUCUGAGUUUUUUGCAUGGGAUGGAAGAAGCUGAAGCAACUCUUGUCACUUGUGAUUUUGCCUUUGUUUUUAUGACCUGCUACAAGAGGUCUUCUCUCUCCUACCAAAAGCAGUGUGAAUUAUCAAGACUUGUGUCCUAGCAUUUUCUGGGACCCCUGUAGGGCCUGUGCUAGGGAGACAAUGUCCGGUAGCACAGCAAGGAAGGUCCAGCCAUUCACUAUUAGCACCAAGUUAUCUCUACCCAAGUGUUCCCUGGAAUUUCCAAGAGACAGCUGUACUGACAUUCCUCUUGCUGCUCUGAAUAACCAUGACUUGCACCAAAACCUCAAUGAGUGUGUUUCCCUGUAUCUGGCUCAGACAUCUCUGGAGCCUGCUGGAGGAAGAUUUGAAAGUGCUACUCCUAUUGAAGAGGUGGUCGCCAGUGAUGAUUGUAUCAACAGCAAUUCGCUGUCCCGUUCCAUCAAGAAGAUCACUUUGUCCAACUGGCAUGGAAAAGCUAGUCUAGGGGAAGAAGGGAUAUUCAGAGGCCCUUCUCACGCCAGUGCUGAGAAAAACUGCAACAACAACAACUGCAGAGCAGGAAAGGCACAAUUCAAGGUCUUUCUCAGAAAAGAAGUGGAACCCAAGGAAGAAAAACAGGAUGCAAGAAGCCCCCAGGCUGGUGAUAAUUUUCUAGUUGGCAGAGUUGCAUCUUUUCUGACUGCAAGUUCUGUUGCUGCAUCUCCCUGGAAAGAGUGUGCCAAAAAUACCAAACCAGGCACAGUAGUGGAGCAGAAGCCUUGCAUAGAAAGCAGCACCGGAGUGGCAGACCUUUCCAAGUGGAGCCUUCUCCUAGCCCAGUUCAACUGUGACAUGGUGCAGGCUGAAAAAUGGGUGCGAGGAAAACUCCAUGACCUGAAGGAUGGUUGCAGAUUUCAGGAAUGGGAGCAGAUAGCUCAGAUCUUACAAAGAGAUAUGAAGGAUUUUGAGAAUACCAUCAUCAAACUGAAUCGGAUGGGUGAGCAACUGAUGAUCCAGCCAAAAUCCAGCACAGAGAUAGAGAGACGAUUACAGACACUGCAAGAACAAUGGCAACUGCUGAAGCACAUGGCAACAAAUCAGACUAAAACAGUGGUUGGAUUCAAGAACCUACAAGAGUUCAACCAGAAAGCUGAACAACUAGAAGACUGGAUCAGGCAGAAGGAAGAGAAACCUUUGCUAGCUAUUUUGCUGCAAGAGAAGGCAGAUAAGGUACAAAUUACCCGACGGAUCCUUGACUUAAAACAGGAGGAGCUGCAAUUCCAGGCUGUGCAUGAGGAAUUGAAUAGUCUGGCUCACAAGCUUGAGAAACAAGGGAAAAGUGAAGGCAGAAGUAUCACGACUCGACGCAAGUACCUCAAUAAAAUGUGGCUUCAGCUCCAGAGGACAUUAAAGGAACAUCAUGAAACCCUGCAGCAGGCACUAGAAGCAGCUGCUUUCCUCCAGCAAGCAGAUGUGCUCCUUUCAGCUAUCCAUGCAAAGUUGAGGCAUCUUUAUGGAGAAAGAAAACAGAAUGAAUCUGAGUCAAGUCCAGACCUGGAUAUCCGGGAUAUUGCCAGCCAGGUCAUGAUGCUGGAUGUGACCAUGUCACAGCUUAUAAGCCUUCAUCCCAGUCUGACAGCACAAGUGUCCCUCAAACACCAAGAUAUCAAGGAGAGCUGGGCCCAGUUACAGCAGCUGUUGAGGAGUGAUAAUCCUCCACAAUUGGCUUUAACAAAGGAAAGUAUUGAUUCCUCAAGUCCUAAUCAAGUACUGACUACAAUUACAAAGAAUCCAGGACAAGAUGCUGAAGAGAAGCUAGUGCGGGAGGUGCAGAAGGACACUCCAGAAAUCAUGGCAGAAUGUGUAACAAGCCAAGAGAACAACUCAGAUUUAUCAGGAAGGGAAACCAUCACCAGUGAUACCAAGAGCAGGAGGAAGUUUGUCAGACAGUCAAAGACUUUAAAGGAUCUGCCUCAGCAAGAGGCACACCUUCAGGACAUCUGCCAGGAUGCUGAUGGGGAAAUACAGCAGUUGCUACAUACUGAUCACAGGUGGAGUCCAGAAAUGGAAGAUGCCCUUGAGGAGCUAGGAGAACUAUGGGCUGAAUUAAAAAAAAGGCAUCAAGAAAAUGGCAUGGCAUUGCAAGAAAUUGACACAGCUUUGCAGCUGGUUGGGGAGCUAGAAGCAGCUGAGUGUUGGCUAGAAACUGUAGCAGCCUUGCUUUCUGAGCCAAGAGCAACAAAGAAUCUUGAUGACCUCCAUAGGGAUCUGCAGAAAAUUGGCACCUUGAAGAACAAAGCUGGAGCAUGGGCUACUAAGAUUCACACUCUGCAGGAAGAAAUGCAGAUGGUGCCCUCCUCCGAACACACAGCAGCUGCAGUGAUUCAGAGAAAGAUGGAACGAGUGAAGGAAAAGCUGGCCUGUGUGCAGGAAGCCCUCCAGCGCCAAGCAACAGACUUACAUGAUUCCCUGAUUUUAAUGGAGUUUUUACAGAAUGUGCAGAUGGAUCAGACGCUAAAUCAAAGGAGCCAAAUAAAGGCUGCACCAAACCAGUUCAGUUCCCCAGAAUCUUUGCACCUUGCCUUAGCCCAGAGUGCUCAACAGGGGAACAGUAAGGACAUGAGUACACCACUGAAGGAAUUACAAGAAGCAGUGGAAAUGCUGAACAAUGUAGUGAAGGAACGAGAGCGGGCCUUGAAGGCGGUGACUGAAACUGAGAGCCAGGAGUGCUUUACUCAGGUCAUGAAAGAUAAGGAGGAAAUUAGGCUGAGCUGGGUUACCUCACAGAUUGAAACAAUCCGGGAGAGGACAGAAACCCUAGCUCAGGACAUCAUCCAGGCGGAGAGGAGUUUUACCACAGUGAAAAGUGAGAUGGAUCUGCUUGAUGUGCAGGAUGUGCAGAAAAGACAGGAAGAGAUAGAGAGUGAUAUGUCUCAGCUGGAAGGAAAUAUAGAGGAACUGGAAAGAGCAGUUACUCACCUGGUUCAAGCAUCUGAUGAGUCCAGACGGAUUCUUGAAAUAUUAGAGGCUUGGAAAGAUCUCCAAAAAGUGGUGCUGGAAAAUUCAGUUCAUGGACAGCAGACUGUUCGCUUAUGGCAAUUCUUUAAAGAUUAUCUGGCCAUUAUCUCUUGGACAGAGGAUACCCGGGCACAAAUUUUCUCAGAGAAUCUGAAUGCCCAGGGCCUUUCAGAGGCUCCAUGGGAGAAUCUGAAGAACAGUAUGGAGGCUAAGUUCAAGGAGUUUGAGGAGUUGGCAGCAGCAGGGUGGGAGCUGGUGACUGAAGAGCACUACUUGAGUGAGACGAUAAAGGAGCGAAUGGAGGAGCUACAGAACAUGCUGGGAUGGGUGAUGGUACGAUGUCAAGCACAGUGUUCCCCAAAGGAUGCUGGAAACAAGAAUGAUGAGCAAGAGACUCAGGAUAGCACUCUGAACAUCCCUCAGAACCUCCAAGUUAGUAUGCCACCAAUUGAAGUCAAUUCUACAGCUGAUGUGGCUGAAGCAGAUGGUAUCCUGAACUUUAAGGUGUUAGAGAAAUGUUCAGAAGGACAGCACCAUAAGCCGCAGAAUGAACCAGUCUCCACUGCAUUUGCACUAAACGUUCUUCCAGGGUACAAACAGAGCUUGGAAGAAUCAGGAAAUGGUUUGCCCUUUGAGGUGGAUGUCCCUAAGGGAACUCUGGUUCUAGAACCCUCAGAGACCCCAGUGCUACUUGUGCCACAAACAGCCCCUGGCAGUUUGGGUGGCACAGUAAGCUUGAUCUUGAGCAUUGGGAAGGAAGGGGAGAAAAAGGCUGCAGGAAGCCAGACUGCACCAUCACCAUCAGAAGGACAAGAGACUUUGCACAAGGUGAGCACCUAUCUACAUGUAAAGGAGAAAAAUGGAUGUAGAAAUCAAGACACAGUCUGUGGAAACUCAGCCUUCAUAUCACAAUCUGUUAAGCAAUUGCCUCCCAGAAUUCCUUCUUUCCCAUUUUCCAGGGUAGAAUGGGGCAAAGCAACCUCUCACACCUUGCCCAAGAUUAGUUCCAGCUGUUCAAAGAGCCCAAAAGGAAAAGCCAAAGCAAGGACAGGAGAUAUCCAGCUGCUCACUUUGCAAGGGAUUAUGGGAACAAAAGCAAAUUAUCUGCAAGAAGAGAGGCAUAGUAUGAGUAACACUUGGCCACCUAGAUGCAGCAGGAGAGUGCAAGUCCUACAGGUAUUGUCCCUACCACAAAGAGAGCUGAUGGAUUAUAUGAAGAAUCCACUGGAAUGGGCUAUUGAUGCUGAAUGUGAUUUAGUUAGAGAAACAUCUGGAAAGCACAUAUUCCUGAAGCAAAACAAAAGUCUUCAUAGUCCCCACUCACCCACCGAAAAGGUGAACACAUGUCAGCAUCUUUCCCUGGGAUCUGUUUUGAGCCUGGAGCUUCCCAAGGACCUCAGUGCCCUAAGAAAUGUCAAUGAUACCAUCAAGGUAGCAAGGGAAGGGAUAACAGAAAGGAAGGGAGCAAACCAGGUGAAUCAAGUGGCCCAAAGGAGUACAGAAGAGGCAAAGUCACAUGAGACCAGUAUCAACCUGCAAAAGGAAACUUUAGGAGGACAGCAAGUAAUGCAUUCAAAGCUUGUGAGAGUAGAGGAUGUUUCUCAUAAGCUCCCCAAGACUAAGAAAGGCACUUGGUUUGAAGAAGUGAAAGUUAACCCAAGCUAUGGCAGGCAGAAAACUUACUUUGUUGCUUCUAGUGGAGAGGUCAGGCUGCAUUCUACAAGUCAAAACAAUUCCUGUGAUGAUUUUCUAGAUUCCAAGCAGAACAAGCUGUCUCAUAUCAGUGUACUGCAUGAGCAGAUAGGUUUGGAGUGGGAUAAACUAGGUGCCUCACUAGGUAGAACUUGUAGCUCCAAGGAGAAACAAGAAAAAGAUCUAGAUGAUAACAGAACCAAAGUUCAAGAUGCUUUGAGAUUGAAACUAAAGUCCACCUCUGUUGAAUCCACAAGCAACCCUGAUUUAGUUUCCAACCUAACCAGAAUUAAAGAUCUUUUAGUGAAUGAGACACCAGAAAAAGAAAACACCCAGUGCUCUGAAGAAAGCAGUACAAGACACCCUCUUUCAUUCCUGCACUUGGGACAUAAAUCCCCCACCCAACCUUCUAAGCUUGAUUGUGAAUUGGGCUAUGAGGAAAAUACCCUGACUCACUCAGAGCUCUGCCCUUUUAAUGUGACCCCAUGGGGAGACAUAACCAAAGGAACAAAGUUGCAAGGCAUGGCAGCAGAAGUUCGUCACCCUGCUCAUGAGAUGUUUGAAGAGGAGGAAGAAGAGCUGCAAGCCAUAUGGAACAAUAUGGAGAAGCAUAAAAGAGGGCCAGAUGUCCAUACUGACCCAGGGAGAAAGAUAGAUAAAGAACAAAGUCCGGGCAGCUCAGGUGGAAAACUUCUCCUGACAUCUGCAGAUAAUUGGUUGAUAGCCAAGUUCAAGCUUCCCACUUCUGCCGAAAUGCUACAGAAUUCAGAAGGAGAAAGAAGGGCCAGUCUUGGGGUUGACAAGAGGAAAAACAGACCAAAUCAGUGCAGCAAAGCAGAUACAUCAUCUUGCCAGGAGCUAAGUAAAGUGGCAGCAGCUUCACCUGGAGAGUCAUCACUCCAAAAAAUGUAUCCAGUGGAUCAGCAGAAAUUCCAAGAAGGCAAAUGUGUUAGCAAGAUUCUUCCAAGCAAAUUGGAACUUCAGAUGAUGGAAGGACCUCUGGAAAGAAAGAAUCUGUUGCAAGCAGGAGGCAGAAAGGCAAAUAGUCGCUCCUGGAACACAUUUCAUACAGUUCUGAUGAGACAAACUUUGUGUUUCUACCAGGACAAGAAAGACACACUCAAGCAGAGCUCUGUGAUGGCCUUGCCAUUGAACCUGUCUGGAGCUGUUUGCACCCUGGAAACAGAAUACACCAAAAAGAGCAAUUGUUUCACAUUACAGUUGAAUGACGGCUCCAAGUAUCUUCUCAGAGCUCCAACUGAGCCACUCAUGAAAGAAUGGGUUACAAAAUUACAGCAAAACUCAGGUUUACCUGAAGUGGAUUUCUUCCCAUCAGCUUCCCAGCCUGCUCAAGGGAUGACCUCUGUGGUUAGUGCAAUUCCUGGCCAAGGAGUUGGCCACUUCCAGAGCUUUCAGAAAAAGCUUUCAACCAAGAGUCAAGAAAUCAGGUUUCUGCCCAAGUCAAGUGUAAAGCUGCAGUUGCCUUAUAAUACUCAUAGUGAACCACUGGAUACAACAGCGUCACAAACAGGAAAUGGUCUCAGAUCUGCACCUAUUUAUACCACAGAACAGAAUCUGAAGCAGUGUUCCCCUUUGGAGCCAGCAAGGUCACAAGAUCCUCAACUCUGUCAGGAAGAUGACUGUGGACUGGUGACAGGCAAAAGGCGGUCAUAUUCAUUCACUUCCGCUACAUAUCAGAAGAUCACACCUUUAUCAAAGUCCAAAGAACCCUUGGGGAUUGGCAACAACUACUCUGUUACUCUGUACAUUGGUGAGCAGGCUCCAACUACUCCCCCCCGGCCCCGCUGCCACUCCUUCAUAGCCACUCCCAGUGGAGCCCGAGAAACGGUGGGUGAGCAAAACCAAGGUGCUUCAUCUCGCCAGAAGAACAAAUCCGUCUUCAGAAAAUUCUUUGGGAAGAAAGAUUGAGUUUUCAAGAAAUGGGGAGUGUGGUUCUGAAUGCUGGCAGUGAACCGUCCUUUGCAGGACGGGUUGAGGGUCCUGACUGCUCCAAGAGGUUCUGCUAGUCUGCACCAACCCCUGUAAUUAGCUCUCUCCCAAGAGGGCAGAAAUAGAGGUGGGAGGGGCAUAGGCUUUGCACAAUGAAAUACUCAGCUCUCUAUUCCCCCCAAAAGAAAUCAGCUGAUGGGGUGGAGGGGCAGGCCAGCAAAACAACAAUCAUAUUGAGGCAGAAUACUAUGUAAUUCCAAUCAUUAUGGGGUUUUUCUCUGCAGUGGCAGAAUACUGUCUGUCUGACACAGAGGGAAUCAGGUAAUACAUUCCUAGACACAUACGUUAUUAAUACUAGUAUAUUUGUAUUCAGCCUGGGGAUGGAGGAAGAAAUUAUGUUCCUCCAAUUCCUUCCUAACAGAUCUGUGCAUAAUUCAUGAUGGGAUCAAAAUCCUUCCUUAGAUCCAAUUAUCCAAGCCAUGGAAUUUAUCCAGGCUGAGGGUUGCCCAGCUUUUUCACUUGACUGCUACUUUUGUGCCUUUAACAAGUUUGCAGACAUUAGCAAGUAAUAAUUAUGUGCUUCAUGCAGAAAGAAGUUUUAUCUUUUCUGUUUUUAUUGUUCAUCUUUGUAAAUUAAGCUGGUGUAAACACACUCCAAAACAGGUCACAGCAGGAUAUUUUCUGGUCAGUUGACAACACUGAAUGAGCCCCAAACAAUACAAUGGAAGCCUAAAUUAUUCUUUUGAGAAAAAACCCAAAACACUACAGUACCAGUUUAGAAUCAGCAUACAUGUGACCUACAGUUUUGAGGCUGGUGAAAACUCCUGGAAGAUUUUUUUCAGGUAUUGAAGAGAACCAUUUACCUUUUACUCUUCAGUGUGGAAAAACUCCUCUGAUGCCAAGAAGCUCCUUGUCAUUUAGCUUUCCUUCCUUCAGCAACAUUUAAGGCUGGUUUAAUAGCCAGUUGCGUCUCCUGGAGAAAUAUUAACACCAUAUUAAAACACCAGUUAGUCUGUGUGCUUUCAUUCAAAAUACAUUAGCGUUAACUGAGUUAUGCUUUAACUGCCAGGCUGCUACUGCAUUUAAGACACCUGAGCACAUCCUGCACGCCAAUUAAAAGAGCAGAAAGCCUAGUAUUGGCUUUCCAAAUAAAACAGGAAAGUUGUGGGCAGAUUCCCAGGUAUACUUUGUAGUCCAUCUGGAAAGCAAAACACAUUCUGUGUGAGAACUUGAAAUACAGCCCUUGCUAAAAUCCAAGGGCAACUAAUAACUCAGCAUCUGCUGGUUCCAAAAUAUAAAUUUGCUAGGAUAACUUCAGGGAUUUUCAUUUGGAAAUGGGAGCUCAGUGAGGACUUAAUCCUUUUCAUACCUAUUGAUUCUUCUAAGAAAAUGCCUGUCACUUUUUUUUUUUUUCCUGGUGGAGAAGCCUGGCUGGGGAUAAUUCAUCAUUAAAAUAACAGCAAACUUAACACAUCCGAUAUCCCUUGCUGUAGGGAGGGGGAAAAUGAUGAUCAAGAAAGAGUGCCUGGAGAAGCCCCAUUUCAUGUUUGUGGGGCUGCUCUAGGAUAUCUGGGUCUCAGAUGCAGGAAGGGCUGGUUAACCCUCUGAUAACCUUCAUGUCCAUACUUGGAUGACACAGUUGAUUGAGUUAGUUAAGCCCAAGUACCCCUGCUGUUUCAGGCUAAACUAAUCCCUCUGGGUUAAUUUCUGGAAUUAGUUGGCUUGGUUAAGAUGUGUGCACAACAGACUGUUAAAGCAUGUCCUGCAAAUUGGGAUAAUGGGUCAUGCAAAUCCAGACAAUUGGGUUUCUACAGGAAACCAUAGGUGUGAUUUUCCCAUACACAAAGUUCCAGUUUUGAAAGGUUUAUGAGGCAAACUCAGACUGCAAAUCUGGAACUGUUGGUUUCAAAUUCUGGUUCCUGAUAAUCAGAAAUUAUAGCCACUCUGAUGUUGCGUGGCAUUGCUAAACCUUAAGUAAAUAUGGGACCUUGAUUAAAAGGCCAUGUGGGGGAGGGGUAAGAUGAUGAUAUGCACAUCCUCAUUGACAAUCGGGGCUGGUUUAACAUUAAUAUAUUGAACAUGUAACUCUGCCUCUACUUGUCUCUCAAAAAAAAAAAAUUGUUGCUGUACCCUGUAGCCUAUUUCUGUGGGCAAAGAAAAUGCUGAUUAAAGGAGGAAGUCUGCUUAUUGCA